AUGAGCCAGCGCGGGAAUACAGGUGGCGAGGAGCCUGCUCACGAAGAGGGGUUGCCACCAAGACAGCGGCCACGAUUGGGCAGCCCAACCAGCGACGGACACACCGCCACCGAACAAGAUGAAGAGCAGGUUGGAUUGCUGAUGCUCAUCGUCGCCAUGAGCCUGUGCUAUCAGGGACACAUGUUUGGGUUUGCGGCGUAUAGUGCGAGGACGGCCAUUCUUGAAGCUUACCACGACAAGCUCGACGACGUGCACUGGACCAACGUCAGGUCCAUGAUUCAGAACAAGAAGCCGACCGUACUUCUGGUCCACGCGUCCAUCGAAGCAAAGAUCAAAGAGCUGCUCAAAGAGCUGCGCACAGGUGUGGCGCCGGAGGUGAUUCGCUUACCAAAGGCAGUAUUUGAUCACACAAGUGCGGUGCAGCGUGUGGCACAGCUGAAGCUGCCGGAGCUGCAAGACUCGCGCCUGUCUGACACCCACCGCCACCUCUACUUUUCGUUUCUGCAAGGCGACGAUACCCUCAUGGCGCGCGCUCUUGGUGCCCUCGUGCACCACAUUGAGCGAACGCGCUUUGGCGUCGAACUCGAUCCCACGGACACCCCAGUCCCCAUCGUCACCCUUCAACUCAUGGCCCAGCCAGACUGUAUGUUGAUCGACGCAGACUCCCUCACGUGCGUCCCCCAGUCACUUGGCGUGUUCAACCGCGAACCACACCCAUCGAGCUUCAAGGCGGGUGGCUUCAAGGAAGGGCUGUCACUCUACGGGAUUCUGAACAGCACAAAGACAGCAGCGGGUGCAAGGUGCCUCAGACGAUGGCUGCAACAGCCGUCCACCAGCGCUGAUGAAAUUGAGCGCCGUCAGGAGGUGGUGGGAUACAUGGCCAAUGCUGCAAACACAGAACUCCUGCAACACAUGCGACGCGAGCUUGCGCGUGUUCGCCCUGUCCAGCCCAUUCUUCGGAGGCUUCGAAUGCAAUACCCAAAGCUGCAAGACUGGACAACACUGCGCACGACCUGUCUUCACGCUAUGAACCUGAAAGGACUCUGUCAGAAACAUCGCCGCGUCAGAAAGUUGGACGAGGUGGGCCAAUCCAUUCUGAUGUUCCGCGCUGCGUUUGGCAUGGUCGUGUUCGAGAGCCUGGCUGACGGCAUUGGUGACAUUGCAGAGGCCAUCGCCGCCAUUGUGAGUCAUAACGAGGAGGAAGAAAAGUUUGACGAAGAAGCAAGCAAAGAGCAAGACCGAUUCAUCGUGCGGCCUCUCAUCAGCCCGGAGCUGGACGAAAAAAAGCGCCAGUUCAACAACCUGCCCGACUUCCUGACAGCCAUCGCCCAGGAGGAGAUGCACAACAUGCCGCCUGGUAUUGCAGAGUAUUCCGUUGUCUAUCUGCCUCAGCUUGGCUUUCUCAUUUCCGCGACCCUGGACGCCGAGAGACAGGGCGAUCCCACCUUGGACGGCCUCGAGUUCAUGUUUCUGUCGGACGGGCGCCACUUCUUCAAGAACCCUCGCAUGCGGCACCUUGACAAUGUUGUUGGCGACACGCAGUGCGACAUUACAGACAUGGAGAACAGCCUGAUGGUGCGACUGCAGGAGAGAAUCCUUGACUACACAGCCCAGCUGCUUCGCGUGCAUGAUGCAGUUGCAGAGCUGGAUUGCCUGUUGUCCAUGUCGCUCGCAGCUGUUGAGUUCAGCUGGGUUCAGCCAGGCGUGCGGCAUGGCAAAGGCAUUUCCAUCCACGCUGGCCGACAUCCGCUGCAGGAGCUGUGUGUUUCACCAUUCAUCCCAAACCACACUCGGCUGGCCAUUGACGAUGAACCACAUGCCAUGCUCCUCACUGGGCCCAACGGCAGCGGCAAGUCCAUCUACCUUAAGCAGAUUGGGCUUAUUGUCGUCUUGGCUCAAGUUGGGAGCUUUGUGCCUGCCGAGUCUGCUGUGAUUGGGAUUGUAGAUCGACUCUUCACCCGCAUUCAAACGCGCGAAUCCGUGUCGCUGGACAUGUCAACAUUUCUCAUUGACACCAACCAAGUGGCCACGGCGCUCAAAUAUGCGAGUCCAUACAGCCUUGUCCUCAUUGACGAAUACGGCAAGGGGACAACCAAGGAGGAUGGUGUCGCACUCGCUGUCAGCACCAUCAAGCAUUUGAUGGAGCGGCCGGCCCUGGAUCCGCCCAUGCUGGUGUUUACGACGCAUUUUCUCGACAUUCCCAAGCAGCAGCUGGUUGCGGAGUCUGCGCACUUGCGCUACUUUCGCAUGGCCUCGCUCGAUCAAGCACAGCACCAGGAUGACGAUGACACCGCCGACAUUGUCCUUCUCUACCAGGUGCAACCUGGGGUGUCAGGCAGCUCGCACGCCCUUCGCGUCGCAGCGCAGGCGGAGCUUCCGAUCGACGUCAUCGAACGUGCACAGCAGGUCUCUGAGGCGAUGCACAGGAACCUACCCAUCGCUCCGCUGCAGUCCAUGGCUGCGAAGCAGGAUCUUGCUGCGUGUCAACGCGUGUGUGAGGCGUUUCUGGCACUGGAUCUCAAAUCCGCGACACUCCAAGCGGACUUGAAACGCAUUUGCGCUGCGAGCCGUGCUGUGUGAGACGGGCCCAAGCAACAGCCUUCAACAAUAAAAAUUGUGAAAAAUCUGUCUGUUUGGCAACCAA